AUGCAUGCCACUGUUCAGGCAUACUUCAGACUGCAAAAGCCAGUUUCACUGCUUAUUCCUCGUAUGGCAAGACUAGAAUAUGAUAUCUAUGGGGAAAUCGGUGUCCCUUCUACAAAGGUUGCUAUCUUGUCCAUGCACCGAGCAGGUGUAUCUGACUGGACUAAUGUGGUGGUUGGUGUUCUUUCUGACCCAUGGAAUGUUUCAAUAAAUUCAGUGUCCUUAAGUGUGCUGAGGUCAUCUCUGAUAGAGUUGUUUCUUGGACAUUCCAAUUUGACAUUGACAGCUUCCAUUUUUGGUCAGCCAUCUUCGUUUGAGAUUUUGAAGUUUCCAGGUGGAAUCACCGUAAUCCCUGAGCAAUAUGCUUCCAUUUGGCAGAUACCCCAAAUCCUAUUUAAUUUUACUCUCUAUAAUUCCAUUAAUGAGAUAAAGGAAAAUUUUGUUGAGUUGAAGCAACAGCUGAAGUUUGGGUUGUAUCUGAGGCCUAACGAGAAUGUGUACGUGCAGGUGACAAACAAUUAUGGCUCAACAAAAGAUCCCCCAGUUACAGUUCAGGCUUCAGUCAUGUCAGACCUAGGGAACCUGCAGCCACAAAGAUUGAAGCAAUUGGCUCAAACAAUUACAGGGUCUCCUUCUGCGGAGAAUCUUGGCCUCAAUAACUCGGUUUUUGGUAAAGUUAAGCAGAUCAGCUUAUCUUCCUAUUUAAAUCAAACAAUUCAUGGAAGCCCACCAAUUCCUUCUCCAGCGCCAUCUCCAUCUCCAGAUGCAGAACGCCCUAUUUCCCCAUCUAAGAGUCUUUCUCCAUCGAAUUAUCCAGCUCCCUUACCAGACUUCCGUCGCUAUCCACCUUGUUUUAAUUGUGAUGCUUCUUCACCUUCUGAUGAUAGCCACCCAUCUGCCCCAAGUCCUGGAAAUGAUGUUCACCAUUCUUUACCUCCCAUUUCAAGUUCUCCUGCUCCUUCAAUGGUAAAUACACCUUUCCCUCGCUCUCGUGGUUGCAGAAUUCCACCAAACCCUUCUCCAAAAUCUCAUCCAGUCCCAGUUGCUCCAGCCUUUUCACCUCGUACUUCUAUUUAUCCACCUCCCAUCGGCCCCACUCCGCAGAUGUCCCCAGGCCUUUCUCCUUUACCUGUUGUAUCCUAUGGCUCUAGUCGAAACCAGGACAAGGGGAACUGGGAAGGGGUCUCUCCACCAUCUGCUUCGCCCUCAGUCUCGGCAUCGUUAUCAUUGAAUGAGCAUGUGAUUGCCUUUGUGGACAUGGACAUGGAAAGACUUGGUGUCGGUGGCAACGGCAGUGGCGGCAAGGGUCUUCUUGCACUUUCAGGCCUGGGUUAA